CAGGGCCAGUCAGGCAAGUGUCUCUAAAUGAUCAUAUUUAUAGUACUGAGGGAUAAAACAUCAAAGGUCGGAGCCGGGACUGUGCGAGUCGAGGUGGGAGUAUGGCAGACAAGGGGACAGAAAAGCCAGCCACAGAUUGAGAGCCCUAUAUCCUUGAAGUGAAGAUACAGCCCAGCUGUACAUGAACUUUACUGGACUGUCUACAGAUAAAUUGCAUCAUUACACAGACAACAUCCAACAGAUUAAAGUAUCCCAGCAAUAAACAGAUAUUGUUCAGCGUAAAUAUUUUACUGUAGAGAUGGCAGUGUGUACAUUGUUCAGGUGAGCAUGGAUACACAUAGUCUCAGGGUAUGUAUACCACAGUACCUAUGUUUGUACAGCCUGUGGAGAGAGAGCGAGACUGAUGCUGACCUCACCCCAGGGCUGUUUAUGUAAGCCCCAGCACUACUGUCAAAUCACUGCUCAUCCACAGGUAGCAGCAGCCUCCACUAAUUCCUUGGAAUACACUCAACAAAAAAAAGACUGGUACAAACACAUUGGGCUAGGUGAUGUAUUGGCAGGCUUGGGUGUUAAUUCGAUAGAGAGCCCUCAUGUUCCUGUAGUGUGGAUCCCUUGGAUUUAUUUCUACCAUAGGAAAACAAAAAUGCUGGAUCCAAAUUUGUAUUUGUUGUAAAUAGGAAUAUAUGUGUGUAUUUCUGUAAAAGAAAAUAAACAAGGAGUGAUAUUAUUUCUCAAAGAGAAUUGGUUACACUGCGAAUACCAGGAAUAUUUAUUGCUAGCUGGAAUUUACAAAUGUGUACCAUGUGGUUCACAUAUAUGUGAAAGUGAUAGUGUUUUAUUAUUCAUAAAGAAAUUUGUGUGAGUUGUUUCUGUGGAGCCAGUUAUCAGUGUGUAAGUGCAGGGCUACUGAGGAUGCGGGAUACAGUUUCUAGUGUGUAUUUGUGUUUCCUUGUGAUCUGUGUAGGGGCUGUCUGGGUCCCAGGGAGUUCUGGCCACCCCCAGCCGUCCCUGCUAACUGAUCAACAGAGUGAUAAUGACUACACUCAAUCAGUCUUAUUACAGAAACUGACUGCCACAGAGAGGGUUAGUCAUCCAGAACGCAGCAGUGAUUCUGAUCUAGGUGUUUACACAGAUAAGGAAGUGGAUAGUCCUUCCGUUUUCCACCGGUCAAAACACACGCUCUUCCAUGCAAGUUUACAGAGCAGAGAGCCACCACAAAUUAAAACUUCACAAACUUCCUCCAAGUUUUACAACAGUUUGAAACUGAGUGGAGCAGAGGGUGACUUGGCCAAGUCUGAGGCCUUGAGUCAGGAGGUAGGUGACCGUGAGCGACAUAAGGACAAGUCUAUGUCUAAGAUGGUUGUGACCAUCGUAAGUACUGUAACCGCACUCGUCAGUAUGUCGUUGCUGGUUGCUAUAUUUCAAUGUUGUUGUCGUCGUAAAAAACGCCGAUCAAGCGAUGCAAAGGCAUCAGAGGAUACCGUAAAGACACUUGUUAGCAAUGAAGAUGGAAGGCAGAGUGGGGAGGAAGUAAAACCUCUUAAUGAAGAGGAAGACAAACAGAAAGAGGAACCUGGUCUUGAUUCAGAUGCCACAAACAAACCUGUGGUAUUGAGGAGACAAGACAGGGAACCCUCUGAAGAAAAGGAUGUAUCUGUCAAGAACAGAAUAAAGGCUUUCGAGGAAAAGCCCACUAGCCCCUCCGACGUCAGAGGUCAAGUGACAAAGAAAAGACCAGAAAGCGAUGCCUUCAAAGUGUUUGAAAACAAGGGAAUUCUUAUUGGUAUGGGCAGAACUCCUAAGCCUAAAGUGACCAUUGAGGAAAGCGAUGGGGAGGAAUUGGAUCAAGAGAGAAAUGACGAAUCACCAUCCUCAACAAAAACAUCCCCUGCAGUGAGCCCCAAACCUGCCAAGUCACCUGCAGUGAGCCCCAAGCCCAGUAAAGAUCGCCUGUACCCAGACAAUCCAGAUGUAGUCAUCGCUAGUGAAGAUGAGGACGAUGAGUUUGCUGUCAUCAAACGUGAAAGUGAUGUCCUUAAAUCAUUUACGAAAGCCUCAGCACCCAAGACACGAAACAGGACUUCACAGGCUGUAGGGGGACGUAGGGCCAGGGCAACAAAUAGCCCGGCCCCUAAACCUGUCAGUACGAUUGAAGAAAAGACGGAGGAAAAAGGGGUAACAAGUCCACUUCUGAAUUCUAAGGAAAGUGAUGAUUCUAAAACCCGGGAGGAGAAACAGAAGUUACUGGAAUCUGUGAUAGAUAAAUCAGUGGUAAAAAGUGGUACUAAGGAGUUUGUGACUUCCAAUACAACCAAAAACAAUCCUUCCUCAGACUCUUGUCCUGUGUCACAGUCCAAUAUAGACACUUCAGGCAAUAUAUUCUUACAAAUUGACCCCACAGCCAAACGGAGAUCAACAGGAUCAACGCCAGUCCACAGUCCUGAAAAGGACGUCCCAACUACAGAGCGACCGAAGAGCACUCAUGAGGUCAUAAAAGGCAGUCCCAGGCCUAGCCCUAAACCUAGUCCCAAACCGAUCCGGGACGACCAACUCAUGAAGGCUUUAUCAGAAAGACUCAAGAAACAGUCCCCUGACAAAGAGAAGGCUGACGAUUUGUGACAGGAAGUUUAAUUGAAAGAG